UCCGCACUGAUUAUAUUUUCUUACUCUAAUGCAGAGGAAGAGAAGAGGAAGAGAGAAGAGGCUGAGAGGAAAGCUAAGCUUGAUGCUAUUGCAGCCAAACAGCGACAGAGAGAGAUAGAGUUAGAAGAAAAGGAAAAGGCGCGGAAGGAACAGCUCUUAAGAGGAUCUGAGGCUACGCGUGUUACUGAUUCCGCCCCUGUUGCACAGCCACCUCGCGAGCCAGCAGCCCCUGCUGUAGCAGUAGCUGCCACCAUCGCUCCAGCUGCUGGCAAAUAUGUUCCCAAGUUUAAACGCGGCGAUAGCAGCAGCAGCAGUGCUGGUGGCAGCCAGAGACCAGCUGAUGUGCGUACACGCGACGAGGACCGUUGGGGUUCACGUGAAGAGCGCCCUCGCCCUGAUGUGCGUCCGCUUCGCCAAGAUGGACCUCCUGCACGACAGGAUGCACCCCCAGCUCGCCCAGAUGGCCCCCCUCCAGCUACUGACCGUUGGCGUGGAUCAAGAUUUUCCUCCAGCUCUUCAACCUCUUCAUCGACCUGGGGAGGCCGCGGAACUGAUGCUCACCGCCUUAGAUUUUUUUUGCUGUCGGGCACUUCAGUGCAAAAUGUCUGCCAGAGAUCUCAAGGAACAUGGUUACUUGAAUUUGUUUUUUUUAUUGCGCUGACUGCACCUAAAAUUUUGGAGCUAGUCUGUUAGGGCUAUGGCACCUUUCCAGUCCAGUUUGACGUUCCAAGUUGCAGCACUAUAUGCAUAUUCUGUCGUUAUUUGUUAGUAAUACUUGAACCUUGUGUUUUUGUUGGUGCGUCCGCCCUAGCUAAAUGCAAUCACUGUUUUCGUGC